AUGUCUCUGAGAACAAGCCAGUCCUCAGUUGCAACUCUGAACCAUAAAAACAUUAAUCUGGUUAAUUUCGGUAAAAGGCAGCCUUCUAAAAACAUGCGUAUAUUGCAAGAGAAUGAAUGUUGCAGGCAAGGAGCUAUGGUGAGAACUAAGGAUGCAUUUCCAAAAGAGAAAGACGCUUCCUUCAGGGACUUACCACUGGACAGCAGUGACAGACAGGCUGUGCCUGAGCACCUUUUAUCUAGCCACAUAUCAGCCUUGGCAAUGAAGCAGAAACUUGCUUUUACCAACCUAAGCUUCGAGGGGGAUUCAGGUCAUUCACCUUCUCUUCAUUCUCAAUUAAACACAACUACCAUUGAUCUUUCGGGUAUCACUUGCCAAGAAUACAUCCAAUCCAUAGAGGACAACAUUUCCAAGCUAUCAGGAAUUGUGAAUGUCAAGGAAUCUCUUGAACAAAGCCAAAUAACUGAAAAAUAUUCGGGACUGGAAAUAAGCUCUCAGCAAAUCUGCCAGGAAAUUAAAAAACUGGGAUUUGACACCAAUGUUGUGGAGGCAACCCAGACUUCAGGCCAAUGGUCCAGUGAAGCUGUUAUUAAGGUGAAAAUAGAAGGCAUGACCUGUCAGUCUUGUGUCCAUGCUAUUGAAGAAAAUAUUGGGAAAUUACACGGGGUGAAGAAAAUCAAAGUGGCCCUCAACAACCAAGAAGCUAUCGUUGUUUACUAUCCCCUUAUUAUUAAGCCCGAAGAACUAAAGAAUAGCAUAGACGGCCUGGGAUAUGAAUGCAUCAUAAAGGAUAAGCAAGCCCCCUUGGAACUAGGUUUCAUUGAUGUUGAACGCUUACAGCAGAUAAAUGUAAAAAUGUCCAGUGAACAAAAUGGUGACAGAAAUACUGGGGACAGCAUUGGAUCCAGUAUAUGCGUUGCAGUACUAGAAAUCGAAGGAAUGCAUGACCGAUCACGUGUUAACAAUAUGGAAGGUUUAAUUUCAGAGAUGACUGGAGUACAAGGUACCAGGGUAUCCCUGGACGAAAAAAAGAUUACUGUGUGGUUUGACCAAAGGCUCAUCACUCCACCUUCAUUUCAGCAAGCCAUCCAAGCCAUUACCUCUGGUAACUUUAACCUAGUUUUUUCUUGUGGAGUGGAAGGCCAAAAUGGACAAAUUAUCUCAACUGCUGCCUCUUCCGUACCUUCUUUCAGUCACCUUUCCCAAGUACAGGGGGCAAAUGGAUGCAAUACAGCUCUCCUCAGAAUUGAUGGAAUGACCUGCAAUUCUUGUGUAAAUUCUAUUAAAGGCUCCAUAUCCCAAAAGAAAGGGGUGAUGCGCAUCUCUGUAUCUUUAACUGAAGGUACCGCAGUUGUGUCUUACAAUUCCAUUAUGACCAACUCGGAAGAGAUACGAGCUGCUAUAGAAGACAUGGGAUUUGAUGCUUUUGUCCUAACAGAUACAGUAAUUGGAAAACCUACUGAUGGAAGUAUAGAGCCGAGUGAGAUGACCUCUGUUUCCUUCAAAACCAAAGUCCCAGAACUGUCAUCUGAAGAUGUAUUUUUGCCAAAAAAGAAGUUGUGCACUAACUUUCCAGAAUUGUCCAGUAAAAGGGACACUGAAAAAUGUUUCCUGCUUGUAAAAGGCAUGAAUUGUGCAUCGUGUGUUUCAAGCAUUGAGAAGAAUUUACAAAAAAAAGAUGGAAUAGUCUCUGUGCUUGUUGCCUUGAUGGCAGGGAAAGUGGAAGUAAUAUAUAAGCCAGAUAAAAUUCAACCUCUUGAAAUAAUCCAGUUGAUUGAGGAAUUGGGUUUUGAAGCUUCAGUCUUACAAGAUUAUGCUGGCACAAAUGGAAACAUAGAUGUCAAGAUUCUAGGGAUGACUUGUAGCUCAUGUGUUCAUAGCAUUGAAUCCAAGCUUACUGAAACCCCCGGCAUUCUCUAUGCAUCUGUAGUCCUAGCCACUUCAAAAGCCCGUGUUCGUUAUGAUCCAGAAGUAAUUGGUCCUCGAGACAUUAUAAAAAUUGUUGAGGGAAUUGGUUUUCAAGCAUCUUUGGCUAAAAGAGAUCCAAAAGAUCAUAACUUGGAUCAUAAACAGGAAAUCCAACAAUGGAAGAAAUCGUUCUUAUGUAGCUUGGUAUUUGGUAUUCCAGUUAUGGUCUUAAUGGUGUAUAUGUUAUUACCAAUUGGUGACCAUCAUGAAUCAAUGGUGUUGGAGCAAAACCUGAUUCCUGGACUGUCUAUUCUAAACCUGAUCUUCUUUGUACUUUGUACUUUGGUUCAGUUCCUGGGUGGAUGGUACUUCUAUGUCCAAGCCUACAAGUCAUUAAAGCAUAAAAUGGCCAAUAUGGACGUCCUGAUAGUAAUGGCCACAUCAACUGCUUAUAUCUAUUCAUGUACCAUUUUGAUAGUUGCAGUUAUUGAAAAGGCUGAACAGAGUCCCAUCACAUUUUUUGAUACCCCGCCAAUGCUGUUUGUAUUCAUAGCCCUUGGGAGAUGGCUCGAACACAUAGCAAAGAGUAAAACAUCUGAAGCACUUGCUAAAUUAAUUUCUCUUCAAGCUACAGAAGCUGUUGUAGUGACACGUGGAGCUGACGGUUGCAUAAUCAGUAUGGAAACAGGUAGUCCUCAACUUACUAUCACAACUGAGCCCACAAUAUGGAUUGCACCCAUCCAGCAACUAGCUGACAGAUUUAGUGGUUAUUUUGUUCCAUUUAUCAUAAUAAUUUCAACAGCAACCCUGAUAGCAUGGAUUGUAAUUGGAUUUAUACAGUUUGAUGUUGUACUGAAAUAUUUUUCUCAUCACAACAAAAACAUCUCAAAAGCGGAAAUUAUCCUACGGUUUGCCUUCCAGACUUCCAUCACAGUGCUAUGCAUUGCAUGUCCUUGUUCUUUGGGCCUGGCUACUCCAACUGCUGUGAUGGUGGGCACUGGAGUUGCUGCUCGGAAUGGUAUUCUAAUCAAAGGUGGGAAACCCCUGGAAAUGGCACACAAGGUGAAGACAGUGAUGUUUGAUAAAACCGGAACCCUGACUUACGGUGUUCCCAGAGUCAUGCGCGUUCUGUUGCUAGGAGACACAGAAGCUACCCUGCCUCUGAAGAAGUUCCUUGUUCUUGUUGGUACUGCCGAAGCCAGCAGUGAGCAUCCUUUAGGAAUGGCUGUCACUCGGUAUUGCAAAGAGGAACUUGGCACAGAGAUCCUUGGAUACUGUAAAGAUUUUCAGACAGUUCCUGGAUGUGGAAUAAGCUGUAACGUUAGCAGCAUUGAAACCUUAUUGGGUGAUAAAGGUGUUAAAGAUCAGAUUCCACUCCCCAAAGAAAGAGGUACGGCAAUCUCUCAUUCAGUGUUGAUUGGGAAUCGGGAAUGGAUGAGACGGAAUGGUCUACAUAUCUCCAGUGACAUUCAUGAGGCCAUGAGAGACCAUGAAAUGAAAGGACAGACAGCAAUUCUGGUGGCCAUAAAUGGUGCACUUUGUGGCAUGAUGGCAAUAGCAGACACAGUCAAGCCAGAGGCAGUCUUAGCAAUGCACAUAUUGCAGAAUAUGGGAGUGGAUGUGGUGCUUAUUACAGGAGACAAUAGGAAAACAGCCAAAGCAAUUGCAACUCAGGUUGGGAUCAGAAAAGUAUAUGCUGAGGUUCUUCCAUCUCACAAAGUAGCCAAAGUCCAGGAGCUCCAAACCUCUGGAAGAACAGUUGCCAUGGUUGGAGAUGGGGUCAAUGACUCACCAGCGCUGGCCCAGGCUGAUGUCGGCAUUGCCAUUGGGACAGGGACAGAUGUCGCCAUUGAAGCAGCAGAUGUUGUGCUGAUUCAUAAUAAUUUGCUUGAUGUAGUUGCAAGUAUCCAUCUAUCCAGGAAGACAGUGAGGAGAAUCCAAAUAAACCUUAUCCUGGCCUUAAUAUACAAUCUCAUUGGCAUACCUAUAGCAGCAGGAGUAUUUAUGCCUUUAGGACUUGUGCUACAGCCAUGGAUGGGUUCAGCUGCAAUGGCUGCAUCUUCGAUAUCCGUAUUGCUCUCCUCCCUGCAGCUAAAAUGUUACAAGAAAACAGUCCUGGAAAAAUAUGAAGCUGAGGCUCAAGGCUGCAUGAAGCCACUGACUCCCUCUCAAGUUAGCGUCCAUAUUGGAAUGGAUGAUCAGAGACAAAAACCUCCCAAAUUAGCCACCUGGGACAAUAUCAAUCAAGUGCCUCUUUGUUCCCUGACUUCAGACGUAGCGCCAGGAGACUUGGAGGAUGGAACAGACAAAUGGUCACUACUCACCAACAAUCAGGAUGAAUAUAUUUAAAGGAUAUUAUAGCAGCAGUUUUCAAGGAAGGGACUAAGAGAGGCUUAAAGUUCUGUUUCUGGAUCAUCUACAGAGAAGUGUAUUUGGGGUGCACUGUGUGGUGCCUGUUUUCCAUCAGAAUGGAGGAGUGUACCUUCAGCUGAUCCUGGUGGCUCCUGGAUUAGGACAGGGGCUAAUUAUAACGUGUAUCAAAGAAAAGAGCAGUGUUUGCAUUUCAUUACCAUUGCCUGCAGGGUGCUUAGAUCUGGCCCAC